GGAAGCUACUCCAUGUAUAUCUCGAGAUUACGGAAAUGGCGGAACAGUCUGCGUGUGCAACGGAACUUACUGCGACAGCACUCCAGAGUACGAGGUUCCGGAUGUCGGUUCAUACAUUCGGUACACCUCGAGUGAAGAUGGUUUACCGCUGAGCAUGACGCAAGGUGUCUUCGACGACGAAAACACAUCGGCGGAUAUCAUUCUUCGACUCGAACCUGACAUCACCUACCAACGAAUUCACGGAUUUGGGGGUGCCAUGACGGAUUCGGCGGCCAUCAACAUAAAAUCACUCAGUGAAGGUGCCCAGGAAAAUGUACUGAGAUCGUAUUUUGGCGAGGAAGGUAGUAAAUAUAAUCUUGUACGUGUACCCAUUGCUGGGACUGACUACUCUAUCAGGAUUUACACCUACGAUGACUACGAUGGCGAUGUGUCACUGGAAAAAUUCACUCUGGCGGACGAGGAUCUGAUCUACAAAAUUCCGUUGAUGUAAAAAGCUCUUGAACUAAAUCCGAGACUCAGAUUUUUUGCAGCAUCAUGGACUGCUCCAUCCUGGAUGAAAACUAAUGACUAUUAUCUGUGCCAAGACGGAUUCCUGUUAGAAGAGUACUACCAGGUGUACGCUGACUAUAUCAUCAAAUUCAUGGACGAGUACAAAGAACAUGGACUGGAAAUGUGGGCAAUCUCGACAGGCAAUGAGCCGGUAAAUGGGAUCCUACCGGAAAGUAUCUACAACUGUAUGGCGUGGACACCACAGGGUAUCGCAAAUUGGGUUGCCGAAAAUCUCGGUCCGACAAUCAGCAGAUCAAAUCACAGUGAAACUCUUAUCUUCACCCUUGACGACCAGAGAUCUCGUUUAUCAUGGUUCGUUGAGGAAAUGUUUGAAAACGAGUUAGCAAAAAAUUAUACAGCCGGAAUCGCCGUUCAUUGGUAUUUUGAUCAAAUGAGUUCCACGAAUUUACUCGACGAGACCCAUUCCAAUUAUUCCGAUAAAUUUCUUCUACUGACCGAGGCUGCGAUAUGGAAUGCAACAGCUGACACAUAUGUCUCUCUGGGAUGUUGGGAUCGGGCUGAACAGUACAUACUGGAUAUAAUUGAAAAUCUGGAACACUGGGUGACUGGUUGGGUGGACUGGAAUCUCGAUUUGGACAUAGAUAGCGGUCCUGCUUGGGACAACAAUACUCUGGAUGCUUCAAUUGUCGUGAACGCGGAUGAGGACGAAUUUUACAAACAGCCAAUGUUCUACGCUAUAGCCCAUUUCAGCAAAUUCAUCCCACGGGAAUCUGUACGAGUGGAACUUUCAAUGAGUCAAAAUGAGACUUCGGUCAAGUCCGUCGCUUUCAAGACACCGGAAAACGAGACCGUUCUUGUGAUCUAUAAUAUGUCAACUGAAGAACAGCAGGUGACUGUUUCUGAUCCAGAGAGGGGAAACUUCACUCUUCAAUUACCAUAUAAAUCAAUUCAGACGAUUCUCUACAAGUGAUUGUUACACGUUACUUUGAUGAAAUUUGUGUUUACAGAGGGUUAAAUUUGACUGACCUACUUGUAUCCGAUAAUCUGACAUAAAUAAUCAUUUAUGCAAAAUUUAGUUCACUGUUUAUGACCAUGAUGCGAAACUUAACAAAACUAAAGAAAUCGAGAAG